AUGAGUGUAUUGGGAGUACUUGCAUUUUUUGCAGUUGUAACAUGGGGGCUUGUUUCUUCAUUUUUCCGAGACGAUAACAAAAAUAAGGUAAGGUCAUGUGGUUCCAUCUAUGGAGUCAAAGGUGAUCUUCAUUAUGGAAUUCAAAGCUGUCACAUUGGUGGUGAUUGCAAUACUGACGUUAACACAGUGAUUUUCCAAGACGCAUUAGAAAAAUUGCUAAACACAAAAUAUGUGGCAGAAACGUCUUCUGGUUCUUGGAUUAUUGAUUAUAAGGAUAAUUGGCACGCCUGUGUUUCCUACGAGAACAAGGUUGAAAAUCAGGAUGAGGUUACGACGUAUCCCGAAUGUUCCAUUAACUGGUGUAAGUAA